UACUAUUCUGCAACCCUUGACUGCACUUCUGUGGCUUCUGCCAGCUCGCUCUUGUGGCAGACACACUCGGGCCUCAGGCAUUUCCAGCUCAGCGUUUGGCCAUGUCAGAGACUGUGGACAGCGAUGUGGAUGAAUACGAUGAGCUAUCGGAGCUGCGACAACGACAGAAACCCCAAGCUCAACCUUCAGUUGAUGAGGCCUUCGACUUGGACGACUUGCUGCCGACCAUUGGGGAAUUUGGCAAAUAUCAAAAACUUUUGGUCUUUGGCAUUUGUCUGCCCGCUUGCAUUCCCUGUGGCUUUUGUGCCUUCAAUCAGCUGUUUAUGGCUGAUACUCCGGAUGAUUAUUGGUGUCGCAUACCCGAACUGGGGGACAUGCAGCUGGAGCAGCGCAAAUAUUUGGCCAUACCCAAGGAACUGGAAAACGAUGAGCUGGUCUACAGCAAAUGUCACACCUAUGGCGUUAAUUGGACGCAGCUGCUGGACUCCCUGGAAGAUGAGGCUGACCUGACCACGCUGGAGCCAAACAGCACUUGGCCUGUGGUUAAAUGCACGCAAGGCUGGGAAUAUAAUACCACAAAUGUGUGGUCCUCCAUUGUGAUUGAUUUUGAUUUGGUGUGCGAUCAGGAUAUAUAUCCCACGAUCGGCCUGGCAGCACUCAACACUGGCGGACCUGUGGGCGUUUACUUGUUUGGUUUGCUCAAUGAUCGUGCGGGCAGGCGGCUGUCGUACUUCACCUGCUUGGCCACGCUGCUCGCUGGCAGCCUGAUGACUUCGCUGAGCAAGGAUUUCUGGACUUGGGCUGGCAGUCGCGUCAUUGUGGGACUCACAAUACCUGCGGUGUAUCAGAUACCAUUUAUUAUAUCUCUGGAGCUUGUGGGCGAGAACUAUCGUUCCUUUGUCACUGUCAUGACCUGCACCUUCUACACCUCGGGCAUAAUGCUGCUGUCGGUUGUCACCUAUCUGGAGCGCGAUUGGGUGCGUCUCUCCUACAUCACCUCGCUGCCUUUCUAUGCGUAUUUCCUCUACAUGUUUGUCAUGCCGGAAUCACCGCGUUGGCUGCUCAUGCGCGGCCGCCUGGAGGAGGCACUCAAAAUCCUGGAGCGCAUGGCCACAGUGAAUGGGCGACAGUUUCCCGAGGCGGUGCACUGCAAGCUGGAGGCACAAAUCCGACGCGACAAGCUUAAGAAGGAGAAGAAAAAGGUGGCCAAUGUGGGUCUGCGGGAUCUCUGUCGCACGCCCAAUAUGCGCUUGAAAACGAUAUUGAUUACGCUCAGUUGGUUUGCCAAUGAGACGGUCUAUCUCGGCCUCAGCUACUAUGGACCCUCGCUGGGCACCAAUCAGUAUGUGAGCUUCUUUCUGUCUGCGGUGGUGGAGCUGCCCAGCUACCUGUGCUGCUGGUACUUUAUGGACACCUGGGGCAGACGCUGGCCACUCAGUUUGUCCAUGAUACUGGGCGGUGUGGCUUGUGUCAUAACUGUCAUGCUGCCCGAUGAGGCUGUCGAUGAGACGCUGUACCUCUAUCUGGUGUCCAAGGCUCUGCUCUCCGCCUCCUUUCUCAUCAUCUAUCCAUUUGCUGGCGAGCUGUAUCCCACACAAGUGCGUGGCAUAGGCAUUGGCGCCUCCAGCUAUAUCGGCGGUUUGGGCCUCAUUGUCAUUCCCUUUGUCACAUAUUUGGGCAAGGAGAAUCUCAAGCUGCCGCUGGUUAUUAUGGGUUUUGUGUCCAUGCUGGGCGGCAUGACGGGUCUGCGAUUGCCCGAGACGCUGCAUCAUCGACUGCCGCAGACCAUCGAAGAGGGCGAGGAGUUUGGCAAGGAUUGGCAGCUGAAAGAUUGCUGCAGAUGCGCCCAAAAGCAAACUGUGCUCUCCCAGCCCACAUCUUAUGAAAAUCUAGAUGUCUUGGGUGGCUCCUCCAACACUGCCUCCGAGGCGGAGGUGGAACUGGAGCUGCGUGACAAUCGACUGCCUCGACAGCAGCCGCCCUUGAGUUCGAUAGAUGAGCGCACGCCCUUGGAGGGGCCGGCGGGCAUGGCCAGCGGCAGUGGUCGCACCGUUCAUCGGCCAUCCAUGAAGCGUUUGGUGCGUCAGAUGAGCAUUAUGGAUACGCAGCGGACCAAUGAUGGCACCAUGCAGCUGACACAUUGGAUUUAGGGGGGAGCUACAAUAGUGGGUAAAGCUCGAGAUAAAUUGGUAAAAACGAAACCUUAGAGUUUUAUUUUGAACAAAAACAAUGCUGGAUUAAUAAUGAAUAAUGCUAGGAUGAUAAAAGGUUGCCAUAUGUCAGUGUACUUGCACUUAAGCAAUAAGAAUAUUAAACUGAUGUUUGGCAGUUAAUUUAUUAAUGUUUUGGACUCAAAACUGUAUCGCCAGGAGUUUUGAUUUGUGUCUCUAAAAUUGUGUAUCCAUUAAAGCCUUAUAGGCCAUGUUUUAGAAUAAGAAUGCAAUGAAGACAUAAUUGUUUAAUUAAGUUUGUAGCUUUACAAGUUUUUCAAUGUGCAAAAAAUCGAUCAAUCUAUAUGCCUAUAUGAAUAUUACUACCAUGAGAAAUAUGUACUCAAGAGAGCAUCAGAAAAUGCAAAUGGAACCUAAAAUCUGUCAUGUAAGAUGUAGAACAGAUUUGGCCACUUUAUGGCGGUUCCUAAAAGUUGCAGAAUUGUUAAAAAAAAACCUAAAAAUGUAUGCACAAUACUUGCUUGUGGCAAUGAAAUGGUUUUUUUGUUUGAGUUUACCCAACUAAGUUGAUUUAUAAUAUAGAAUGCAUUAACAGAUGUAAAGCAACAGGUUAGAGCACUUGGCUAGCUAGGAUGGAUGCCUGCUGUCGAUAUAUCAAAUGCAGGAACAUUUCCUUAAGUUCUAUAACAUCAUUAGAGCUUAAAUUAAAACAAAGAAACAAGCCAGUCAUUAAAAACAAUAAGUACUCAAGCAUUGCCAGCAGAUAAUUGACAUAUUUACGGAUAUUUUUUGCGGAUACCCUAAACCAUUUCCCCUAUGGAAGGAAUAUCAAUAUUGAAUAUUCACUAUAAUUGUAGAGCAUUGCUAUUAGCUGUAAGUUGCGUUUAAUUCAAAACUAAACAAAGGCAAAACAAACAACAACUAUCGCGGGGAGAAAGUAUAGAAACCAACAAAAUUAAUUCCUCAAACAUAUCCGGUAAAAAUAAAUAAAUACAAUAUGAGGAUUGCGCAUUACUGUAA